AUGCUCGAUCAGGUGAAGCUCUCAGGGACAGUUGCGAUUCCACCAAACAACAACAGCAAUGAAUCGAAUUAUAAUACCGAAGUAGAAGUAGCCAACAAAACCGAAAGUGGCAUUAUCAAUAGUUUAGAACAAACUAAAUUGGCGCAGUUCAAAUUCAAAGAUGACUAUAUAGAGCAAGCGAGUUCAGCGCAUAUCGCUGAUGCGGAUGAAAUAGAGAUGUGCCGUUCUGUAAGAAAGUUAAUAUAUCCGCAUAGGGCAGUGUCCAAGAAUUCAGAGUGGUUAACGAUCUUACAAACUGCCCAGAAUAAGCAAGGAGUUUAUGUGGAGCAGUGUGUUGAAGACGGUGGAAAAUGCAAAUUUGAUGAAGUUUUCCCAGUGGGCUACAGCACAAGUUGCGUACAGCGCUACACCUAUCGGCCGAUGGUAGCACUCGUGAAUGGCGAAUUGAAGGAGGAACACAUGAAAUUACCACAUUCAUGCAAAUGCGUACUAAAAUUGAAUCUGGGAAAACAAGGAACUCUAUAUUGA